UUAAAAAAAUAGCGUUGCAAAAAUAAAUAAGCGCCGCAAAACAACAAGCAAAGCCCGCGACAAACCGCAGAGUGCACGCAUCUGAAGGAGCGCGCGGCAGUUGUGUGAGGAUCGUUGUUAGUUUCGAGCUGAAAACAAAGACCUCCUGUCUAGAAUACCACACCAUGCCUGGCAUCUGCCCUCGGUGCAACACGACCGUAUACUUCAAUGAGGAGAAGAUUGCCAUCGGCAAGCACUGGCACAUCAAGUGCUUCUCCUGUGCCAAUGCUGACUGCCAUCGACGCCUGGACAGCAGCAACCUGACCGAGCAUGAAGGGAACAUCUACUGCCGCUCCUGCUACGGCAAGCUGUUUGGCCCCAAGGGUUACGGCUAUGGUGGCGGUGGUGCUGGGGUGCUCUCCAUGGACACUGGCGACAAGUACAGGAAUGGACCACCAACCAGCAACAUUCCGGCAACAGCUCAAGCACAUGUGGCACCUCAGAAUGGCACUGUGAAGCCCGUUACCCAGAAUCGUUGGGGAGGCACUGACAUUUGCCCACGAUGUGGCAAGGCAGUUUACAUGGCCGAGAAGAAAAUGGGAGGCGGAGCAGCCUGGCACAUAGCCUGCUUCAACUGCCAUCAGUGUCGUAAACGUCUCGAGUCAACAAUUCUCUGCGAGCGAGAGGGAGAAAUCUACUGCAAGACAUGCUAUGGAAAAUACUUUGGUCCAAAGGGAUAUGGCUAUGGCGUGGGCUCUGGCACCCUGCAGAUGUCCUGAACAUAUAGCAACCCACGUAUUCUGGCCAUUAGCUUAGUUUGUUGAAAAAAUAACAUUUGUGCUUAAGGUUGGUAAUGGCCUUACUAUAUUUUUCAUGAUAUUCUCACUUCAUCUCAGUGGCAGCUUUUGUUGCGAUAAUUUGCAACCUCUUUUUUUUUUCUUUCUUUUUUGUCUGGUAAUAUUAAUUUAGUAAGAAUAACAUCAUUUUCUAUUUGUGCGAUUUAUUCUAACAAUGUCAGUUCAGAGUGUAAGGUGCAUAUUUGGUGCUAGCUAACUAGAUGGCAACAUGAAGUAGGCAGCCGCCGUGGUGGCAAAGUGACUUUGUGGUGUUACGCCCGAGGUCGCAGCAUUUCAUUGCUUUUCAUUGGCCACGGCAUUUCAGUAGGUAGGGGCACGUUAAAGAACCCCAGGUAGUCAAUAAUAAUCCAGGGUUGCCCACCACGGCGUGCCUCAUAAUCGAAUCUCGGUUUUGGCCCGGAAAACCCCAGAAUUAUUGUAAUGGGUGAGCAAAAAUGUACCUUGACGGGGCACGCAACGCUACUUUAUUCAGCUCGUAUUGCAAAGUGUAUUUGAUGCACCCGAGUGCUUACUUUGUUUGAAAAUUCCUGUGACAAGGCUACCUAUCCAAUUGAGGCUGUGUGAUGGGCAGUCAGUCCAAGCUCUCUAGCUAUCGGAAAAGAAGGUUUCCUCUACCCUCACCAAUAUUUGCUUGUCUUCACUCCUGCAAGAACUGUUCUGGCACAGUGUUAAUGCCACAACCUGCUUUGAUGUGGUCUAAACUGCUGUUACAAUGUCAGUGCAUUUCUUUUCAUUGGUGUUGAUUGUGCCCGAGAGCGACCAGCUGAUUGCGAUAUGGACACUCCAAGCGAAUUUUUUGCGCUGAGGUUCGGUAUAUAUUUAGGUAUAUGGAAUGCCAUGUGCUAUGCCAUGCUAUAUGCGAUUUAUUCGGGUUAUAUUGCUGCACCUUUCUAUCACUACAGUUGUUCAUACCUGGUCUUACAUCCUGACAAAAUUAUACCUCAGAAUAAACAUAAAUGAAAUUGCCCGAUGGCAGGAUUCAAACAGAGCACAACAGCUAUUUUUUUACUUAGUCAGCUUACAUUUACUUCAAUUCAAACUGCCACUCCGAGUCUUGCACUUUGUGUAAUAUUUUAACGUGUUGCUAUUGCAUUCAUUGCUUUGCCCUUAUGGUGAAACUGUGAUAUUUUUUUGAGGGCCUUUAAAUGUAGGUUAAACUUAUUUUUUCUCCUAAGUUUUAAAGCAGCACCUUCUUUUGAUGAACCAGUGAGGCACAAGUAGGGUUUUGAAAUCAGUUUUCCAUUCCUCAGUGUAAAAGCUAAAAGCACCUUUGCAACAGUUAAAUCGGAGAGAGGCACUGUAGCCUUGACUCGCAGAUGCUCCCACACUGUGCAGGAUUGAUUUCAGUGACCUUUGCCAAGGUCAGUUAGUUGAGAGAGAAAGGCAAUGCAGUUUGUAUGAGACGUAUGUGGCACUUUGGGCACUUGAGAAAUUCGUGUGACUAUGUGUCUGAGCAAGCCACAUUUGAAAAAUUUACUAGAAAUAGUCCUGUCUCAUGUUAGACUGAAAUUUUGAAACACAAACAUAUGCCAGACCAGUUGACGAGCAUGACUUGUCAAUCAGAAGACCCGUCUCACAUAACACUUGUGAAGGCAGGUCAAGGAAUAGAGCAUCCAUAUGUGACAGAAGGGCUUGCAGGUUAUUGGCAGCUUUCCAUUGAUAAAGAGGCAUCCUAGAAGGCAUAGCAAUGGACAUGUGGUGCCUUGGACAAAGCAUAGAAAAAAGGCGGCAGGCUGAAAUAAAAACCAGAUUUAUCCUGCUACAUCAGUAGCUGCCAGGAGCGUCUUCUGAACCCUGGCACCUUGUUGACACUCGUGUGUUCAGCCUGGAGAGUGCACGUCUGAUCCUUUCAUGUUUCGUUUAGUGUGUACUUUCUGUAUGUAUUGAUCCUGAGCCAAUUAAGGCUUUUGAGAACUAUACGCUGGUUAUUUAUUCAUUUUGUGUCAUUCACAUGCAAGUUGCAAAGUGUUAAAAGCAGUUGUUGCACUCAUGCCAUUGUUGCUUUGUUUAGGUGAUAUGUGUGAGUGAUGCCUCCCCCCCCGCCCCCUUCUUUUUUUUUCUUUUUUUUUAAUUGCAAGUGGCUUUGAUGUUGUUUUGUACAGCCAAGCGCCUUUACAACGAAAUGCCCCCAGUAAUCCUUUGUUAUACAUACCACUUUGUUGCAAAAAUCAUCCACCGUAUGUUUAGCCAAAGAAAACCUUGAACGAGUGAACUGAAGAGAUACUUCACCAAUUUUCUUCAACACAGUUGAUCCGAUACAGACUGCCCCAGCAGUCGAUUUAUGGCAAUGACGUUCAAGCCAUGGUCUGCAGCAAAAACUUGCGAGUGAAGCUAGGGACAGCUAGCAGGAUGUCGAAUGCCUGUGUCGAAAUUCUGUCUUCAUCAUUGCUGCCUUUUCCUGUUUUUUCGACAUUGAUGGCGAUGCCAUCAGUGGGGGCACCGCAGUUUAGUGGAAGCGCAGCCAUGUGCAUUCCAUGUAAAGCAACAAAUCAGCCAUCAGGGACACCUAAAUUUCUUCCUUGUACGGGCAAAUUCAUUGUAGUGGUCUUAAGGCCUUUAUAAGGGCGUUUACAUUGCACAUAAAAGAUUGGCAUUCGGCCAGGACAUGUGGAAUCCUUUGUUGUACAGGUCUUUUCAUUGUGGAGGCAUUCGACUGUAGUACAUUACAAGAAGCUAUUCUCCUAGCACCAAUUAUCGACAUUUAUUCUUUUCUUGUUGAAACUAGUGUACGCUCUCAAAGAAUCAGGACUAGCCAUGUUGUGAAACUGUCUAGUUUCUUGUUUAGUGUGCCUGUGUGCAGUGUUGAUUCAUUUCAAAUGUGUGGGCAAGAAAUGUUUAGAUUUGCCUACCUGGUAAUGUUCCAUCUUUUCCACAGAUCAACAGUUGCAACCUUCUUGGAUAAGUGGCGGUUGUGUUAGACCACACCUGCGUAAUGAAAAGCCUUGUUUUAUUUCUCACUUCCAUCAAGUUCCACGUGUUCAGCAUACAUUUAUGUUCAGGAGAUUGCUGGUAGCAACUCACUUUCUUGUUUGCCAUAUCUUUUACAUUUACAGUUCAGUUGACAGCUUAGAUGCUACAAUUAAACUUCAUUGCAAACAUUUAUUUAAUUAAUUCGUAAUACUGUCAGUCCUGUCGUGCUAUCACAGGAGUGGACCAAAUAUUGACUACCGCCAUCAUUAUUCUUACAGCAUUAAAAGGAUACAAAUUGCUUGUACAUAACUUGGGCAAUGCUUUGUUAAUCCGAAAAGACAAAAAAAAAAGAAAGAAAAUAUUAAAAUAAAGCCAAAUAAUGGUAAUAAGGACAAACAACACUGGCAAUUUGUCAAAACUGCAAUGCUCUUUCACAAGUGUGUCAAGCACCAAUGAACUAAAAACAGAAACCAGUAGAAAAGCCAUAUUUAUCCAGCAAUGAAAUAUGCUACAGGUUAUCAUUCAAAAAAGUACAGCUCUAUCUUUUCCUAAAGUAUCGAGCAACAUUAAUAUUACUACAGCAUUGGGCAACUCAUUCAGCUCUUUAAUAGCUUUAGGGAAAAAGCUAUGCCUAAAACAAUCAUUUCUUAACACCGGCCUUGAAAUAUGCACAUAUAGUAACAAUGUCUGAAACUCUUUUUUCCUUAAUUUGUAUGCAUCGUGAUUAACUUGUCAGAGGCAGAUCGAUAACCCUUUCGGACAUUGUGUGUUCACAAUUGUGCAUACCAAGGUAGUGCAGCAAAAACCACUGAUGAAAAUGACGAUAUUUAAAACGUCUCUCAAACAUCUUGGAACUGCUGCAAAUUUCUAUAGCAUAUGUAAAGUAAAAUGAGCUCGAAUGUACACAGCUGGUUGUUUGCUCUCGGUGUCAGUAAGCCGUCUGGUUGCAGGUUUAGUUUCGUUAUUUUUUUUUUUUUGCAAUUUUUUUUCAAAUAGCUGUCCAAGUAUACUAGACAUCAUGAUGUUCCCCCUGUCUGACAUUCCUGCAGAGAGUUUUUUGCAUAGAGUCCACACUCAGUACACUUGACAAAACUCUGAAGGAUUGAAAAUUUUUUCAAUGGACAGAAUCAGUUGGCUUCUGAAGGGGAUUAAACCUAUCACUUAGUUCGUGGUUUUUUAUUUUUUCGUUUUUUCGUUGAAAAUUGCCUUACAUUUAUCAAUGAACUUGAAAAGGCCGAGAGGUCAAUGUUCAAGGUGUACAUGGAAUUACGCACGUCGCACAGCUGUGAAUUACUUUUCUUCCUGUGGUCCAUUCUUGUCGCAUCUAGGCCCACACAACAUUAUCAAGUUUCAAAUCAUCCUAUGUGGUGUUUAAUUUCUUCUUAAGUUUAGCUCCUGCAUUGCCUCAUGUCCAAUUUCUGUGCAGCAGUGUGCAAGUAUGAGGCCAGCAGUACUUCUCGAAGUUGCACAUUGGUGUGUGUCUACCAUUAUUGUGGUAGACAUUUCAUAGCCAGAAGUAAAGUUUUACUGCAGCACCAGGACAUUUGUCGCCCAAACGAAGCCGCAAGUCUGUGUAGAUGACAGCUUUGAGACAGUUGGGGUGUGAACAAAGUGGCAGCUCUCUGGGUUCCUUUUAUGGGCUGGAAGAUUGUCAGCAGUGAGCACUGUAGGUAGCUCACAGCUUUUUGCCUGCAGUGUUACUUGUGUUCUGCUAUACAUAUUGUAUGCCAGUCACUGGAAACCUGUUUUAUGGGGAAACAGGAUGCACAUAACACUGGAGCAGCCUGAAAUUUUAAGCACUGGCACAAAUACUAUAAGAAUAGCUACAAACAUGCAUGGAUAAUAUAGAAAGUGUUUCGAUGCAUGCACGUUAUUGUGAAAAACAGGCUCGUUAAUAUAAUGACCAGAGCUGGACCCGUAGAACACAGCUGCAAGCACAGUCGCAAAGCGUUAAUGUUGGUGCAUCAAAAUGUUAGUACCUUUAUAGUGCAUUACAUCGUGUCACUUGUUAAAGCGCACAAGGCCAAGAAAGCCUGCUUCUUCCACUGUUUUCUGCCAACACUGUAGUUGUCCAUCGUUACUCCAUGGUCACAUUCAGUUUACUUGUUAUGCUUCUGAUUUGUCCAAAAUUGGAGCAUUCAUGCAUGGUGGGAUUAUACACAGUUGAAUCUCCAUAUAAUGAACACUUGAAAUAUCUAAAAUUCUUCUCUGCACUAUCUGCACGUAAUGAAUAUAUGCUUUUAAAGAAUAUCACAUGUAAUAAAGAUAAUUUUCAUGUCGAAUGCAACUUGGUUAAACAAGGUUCAACUGUAUUUGACCUUGACCGUCUUCUGCAUAAUGCUUCUAAAUUGAGUGGUUAAGUUGAAUAAAUUUUUAGCUUCUUAUUGGCCAGCAACUACUUUUGAUACAUUCAGAAUUAGGCAUUUCUAUGCAAUUUAGUUGAGUUGUGCCAGUGUGGAAGCGCUAGCAGGUUGAAGCAGUUCCUGUAACCUGCAAACCAAGUUGUUAGCUUGAUAUUGUCAUAGUAGUGUCAGUGAAGAAAAGAGUCGUAAAACUGUGAAUAACGAAACAGACUAUUUAUUGGGCGAACCUAUGCCCACAAAAGCAAGUUGCACUCAAAGAACAACGAUAGCGGCGAAUACAGUCUUCAGUUGUCGAAAAUCUCAUCUGCGGCUGCGGGUCAAGUGCGUCGGCUUUUAUACACGAGUCAUCGAAGGUUCCAGAAUAAUCGCUGGUGCCGGCGUGUUUCCCAGAAAGUACUACACAAUUCGUGUUACGCAUACAUGCAAUCAGAUGACACAAGGUUCGGUGACAACAGACAGCGGAUAAUAGAACCACCGAUAACAUUCGCGAAACUUGCAAUACAUGUAGACGCGUCCUGCGCUGAGGGAUAACAUUUGUUAGACACGGAAACGCGGUCACCCGAGAAAGAUAAACAAGUACACAUGUCAAUAUAAAGCAUAGGGCCAUAGCACAGUGUCGAAGAAACAAGUUCUCGAAUAGUGGCAGCUGUCAUGCAUGUUGCUUGUGGAACUGAGAUUUGCGAUGCUGCGCUUUAAAUUGCAAUGGAGGAUGUAAGGUGGAAGGUUGGAUUUUUCUCAAGUAUUUUCUUAGAUUGUGAUAGUUAGGCUCCGACAUACGAAAUUUGUGUUUGAAAAAUCUCGGCAAGAUUUUAAGAAGGAUUUAGUGCAGAAUGCAUUGAAUUCAGGUGUUAAGACCAGCUGUGCAAGCUAGUGCAGCCACAUGACUUUUGUAGCAGAGUACAGAGCAGAUGCAUAGUUCUGUAUCUUUCUUUCUGCACAAGUUCACAGCUAUCAUGAGCUUUUUGUUUUCAGUGUCUAUUUAUAUUUGUGGUGAAGUCUCGGUGUGCCAAUCGCACCUGCUCUUACAUAUACAGCCAAACCCGGAUAUAUCGAAUCUGAAGGGGAUCACAAAAAGUUCGAUAUCUAGGUAAUUCGAUAUAUAAAAUAAAAACAACAAUUUUCAAGGAGAUUUUACUGCUGUUUGUUAUCCACAAUAAUUCGUUAUAUCUGGGUUCGACUGUAUUUAUGCCACUAUGUGCCAUAUAGGUGUCUACUUCAGGCAUUUAAAAACUUGAAUGAGAAGCACGGUAAGCUAAUUCAUGACGCCUGUGCAAACAAAGAAAAUGUGAUGCUAUAAGGUAUGAUUAUUUGUUAUAGGCCAUGUAAGAGAAGUACAUAAAAAUGAGUGAUUGUUCAAAAUGACAGACAUACUCCUUCAAUUAUUCAGAAGCCCUAAUUAUAGUGAGCUACUCGCCACGUGUUGCAAAUGCAUUUUUAAUGGACUGCAUGCAUUCAGUGACACUACUGUCUGAAUGCCAGCCACCGCACCAAACAUGCACUUGAGAAAUAAUUCUCAUACUGUUGAUGGACCAGUGUAACUUUUUUCUGUUAUUUUUAUUUUUAGAAGCGAUGCUUUUUAGAUAAAGUAAGCAUGUGUCUAUUCUCUAUUCCAAGAAUUUAUUGCAUGUAGCAAAAUGUUGCAUUAUGGAAUUCACAAUAAAGCUAUAGUUUUGUG